AUGCAUGGAUAUGAGAUUGAAUAUGUAUUUGGUGUGCCGAUCUAUAAUGAAAGCGCCAAGUACACGAAACGAGAGCAAGUCCUGUCAGAGAAAAUAAUUCAAUAUUGGAGUUCGUUUGCCACGACAGGGGUUCCUCGUCUGAAAGAUGCUAAAUCAACCGAUAUCUGGCCAGAAUAUGACGGUGUCAACAACACGAGGUGGAUGUAUCUAAAAGGUGGAUCACAUGUAAAACCAACCCCUUCUCGGAAAAAGGUGGAAUGUGAUUUAUGGAGGACAGCUAAAGACAUGGAGUACCACGCUUACAGUAGGCCUAAGCAUUCCUUUGCAUACUCUUUA